GAAUAACCAAAAAAAUCCAAGGAAUUCGCUCCUCUAUUUUUGAAUCUUACAGACCUAAACUAAUGAAAUGGGAAUGUACAUAUCGUCGACGAAACCCUAAUUUCCCAUUCGGUUGCUGCAAUUUUCCCAAAUGCUCGUUUAUGAAGCCUCCAUAGUUCCUCUCCGCUUUGUUUUUCCGGUACUCAGCUCCCUCCCACAGACCCUAGCUGCUCGAAAAGAUUUCCAAUUUUUCGAUUCUGUCAGCGGCAUUGAGCUGUAAAUUCCCAAUUUGGUAUCCUAAAUCCCGCCUUUUGGGUGCUUCUGUUCCGCAUCUGAAUCGUAAGCAAUUGGCGCGUUGUGGUUGUAAACUCUUCAAAUUUAGUGCACGGAGCUUCUAUAAUUGCGGGGUUCUCCUCCAUUUCUCAUCUCUCUCUCUGCGCAUCCAAGUUUGGAGUUUUGGGAUUGGCCAUGGUUGUUUCUGAGAAGAUGUUUAAAGUUGCACCAUAGUUUUUCAAGUGAGUUUGAAUCAUGGAUAUUACUGAGGUUGAAGAAAGCUUAUUUGCGGCCAGCGAUGCCAAGUUGCAUGGAGAGUUGUGCAAGGCACUCUCUGGAAUUUAUUGCAAAAUAAUGUCAAUAUUUCCUUCUUUGGAAGCAGCGCGACCUAGGAGCAAGUCUGGUAUCCAAGCUUUAUGUUCAUUACAUGUAGCACUUGAAAAAUCUAAGAAUGUUCUUCAGCAUUGCGCAGAAUGUAGUAAACUUUACUUGGCUAUAACCGGGGAUUCUGUGCUCUCAAAAUUUGAAAAGGCAAGAUGUGCUCUCAUGGAUAGUCUUAGGCGUGUUGAAGACAUUGUUCCACAAUCUAUUGGUUGUCAGAUUGAAGACAUUGUUAGUGAACUUGAGGGUACUGUGUUGUCACUUGAUCCCUUAGAGAAGCAAGUCGGUGAUGAAAUAAUUGCGCUACUCCAGCAAGGGAAAAAGUUCGACAACUGUAAUGACAAUAAUGAGCUGGAAUCUUUUCAUCAGGCUGCCACCAAACUUGGUAUUACCUCUUCCAGGGCAGCUCUUACUGAGAGAAGAGCUUUAAAGAAAAUCAUCCAAAGAGCCCGUGCUGAGGAAGAUAAGCGGAAAGAGUCAAUUGUAGCUUAUAUAUUACAUCUUAUGCGAAAAUAUUCCAAGCUGUUUAGAAGUGAAAUCUCAGAUGACAAUGAUUCACAAGGUUCUGCACCUUGUUCUCCCACUGUACAGGGUUCUAUUGAGGAUGCUGGGCCCGGUGGCAAUGGUCAAGCAUUUGAUCGACAAAUGUCAAAUUUUAGUUCUUUUAAUUUCAAAAGUUCUUUUAGUUCCAAGCCAAACAAUCGGAAAUCAGGUCAGAUGCCUCUUCCACCUGAAGAAUUGAGGUGUCCGAUAUCAUUGCAACUUAUUUAUGAUCCGGUCAUCAUCGCUUCUGGUCAGACAUAUGAAAGGAUUUGCAUUGAGAAAUGGUUCAGUGAUGGGCACAAUACAUGCCCAAAGACUCAACAGAAGCUGUCUCAUCUUUCUUUAACCCCCAAUUAUUGUGUAAAAGGUCUCAUUGCUAAUUGGUGUGAACAGAAUGGAAUUUCUGUUCCAGAUGGUCCCCCAGAGUCUCUGGACCUCAACUAUUGGAGGCUUGCAUUUGAGUCUGAGUCCACUGAUUCAAAAUAUAUGGGUAGUAUUGGCUCUUGCAAGUUGAAGGGUGUCAAGGUGGUUCCUUUAGAGGAGAGUCAUACUAUAAAGGAGGAUGUUGGAAAUGAAACAGAAGAUGUGUCUCCAUUAGAGGAAGAGUCUGAGCUUGAUGUUUUUGAAAGUUAUCAAGAUCUUUUAACCGCCUUGAAUGAAGAGGAAGACUUCAGGAAGAGGUGCAAGGUAGUGGAGCAAAUAAGGCUCUUGCUGAAGGAGGAUGAGGAGGCCAGGAUGUAUAUGGGUGCUAAUGGAUUUGUUGAAGCACUUCUACAUUUUCUGAGCUCAGCUUUGCGUGAAGCGGGUUGUUUGGCUCAGGAAAGUGGAGCCAUGGCUCUCUUCAAUCUUGCUGUCAACAAUAACAGAAACAAGGAAACGAUGUUAACAUCAGGGGUAAUUUCGUUGCUGGAGGAAAUGAUCUCCAAUCCCAGUUCUCAAGGACCUGCGGCAGCCCUGUAUCUGAAUCUCUCCUGCCUUGAAGAAGCCAAGCCUAUUAUUGGAACAAGUCCGGCUGUCUCUUUCUUAACCCAGCUCCUUCGAGCUGAUGUUGAAACCCAAUGUAAGCUUGAUGCCCUCCACGCCCUGUACAAUCUAUCGGGUGUCCAGUCAAAUAUACCGAAACUUAUUUCAGCUGGUAUUAUCAGUGGUCUCCAAUCCCUUCUUGCGGACUCUGGUGACCAGAUGUGGACAGAAAAAUGUAUAGCUGUUUUGAUAAAUUUGGGAUCAAGUAGUUCUGCCAGAGAUGAAAUGAUGUCGAAUUCAAGUCUUAUCAGUGCACUAGCAACAAUUUUGGAGGCUGAACAACCCAUUGAGCAGGAGCAAGCUGUCUCAUGUCUGUAUAUGUUGUGUAACGGGAGCGAGAAAUGCAGUCAGAUGGUCCUCAAGGAAGGGGUGAUUCCGGCAUUGGUGUCUAUUUCCGUCAAUGGCACAUCAAGAGGAAAAGAGAAGGCUCAGAAGCUGUUAAUGCUGUUCCGUGAGCAGAGACAAAGAGACCAAGCACCCCCUGAGCCGGAGGUGCAUCUGUCGGUCGAAAAUAGUGACAAGCCCAUGUCUGUUCCGGAAAGCAAGCCGCUAUGCAAAUCCUUCUCAAGAAGAAAGAUGAGCAAACCUUUUAGGUUUUUAUGGAAGAGCAAAAGCUAUUCUGUUUACCAGUGUUAACUCCCACGGUGCUGUAAAUUUCAGUGUUGUAUCGUCGUUUUAUUCUUUUUGUUUUAUUACUUUUGAAAGAGCGGAAUGUACAGGCCCCCUGUAAUUUAUGGAUUUUGGUUUCGAAUUUACCUUUGAGGUAGGAAAUAUAUGUCUUAUGAAUAUGAUUAAUUCAAGUGGUUAACUCCCGCAUAUA